AUGAGCCUGACGACCAGCACCCGCGCCUCCCGCCCGCGGCCCAGCGUCGGGCCGCUGCUCCUGGGGCUGCUGCUCCUGCCGGCCAUCGCCCUGGCCCAGGAGUCGUCCCUCCCCAUCAUCCCUGCCCCACCCUCAGUAGACCCUGAAGCUGGAGAUGGAGACCUGCGCUGCGUGUGUAUGAAGACCACCUCUGCAGUCCGUCCCAAGCUCAUUUCCAGCCUGGAGGUGAUCGGGGCCGGACUCCACUGCCCCAGCCCCCAACUGAUAGCUACGCAGAAGAACGGGAGGAAACUUUGCCUGGACCCGCAGAAUCCUCUGUAUAACAAAAUAAUCAGAAAACUUUUACAGAGUUAGCUCUUAAAUCUGUACUUUUUAAGAGACAGCUGCCUAAAUCUGUACUUUUGCUAUACAAAGUUUCUUCUUUUUUUUAUUUUUC